CAAACAUAAAGAAAAUAUUUGUGUAGAAUUUGUUUUUGUGCAUUUUAUUCAAUGUGUAAAAUUCUGCGGUGUAAAAAGUAAACAUAGCAAAUUUUGGACGGUGCCAAUCCUUUCACGCAGGCGCAAUAUCUCGGCGCGGAUCGUAGUUUCUUCGUUCCCUUGACACGCGCUUUCAUAAUACUGCGUCUGUCAGUGGCCGUACAGUGGCUGCAGGCGGAGUGUAUGAGUGUGUACCUUUGGCCACUGCCUCACACUCGCACACACACACACACACACUCAUACGCAUCGAGUCAGAUAGUGCACAGUCCAGGAGAGAGUGAGAAAGAGAUAGAGUGAGUAAGUGCGCGGAGUGCAUGUAAAAUCGCAGCUGCUGCUGCUGCUACUACUCGCUGCCAUCCAGUCAGCGUUCAACACUCGGUGCCUCCUCUGCCGCGGCCUCUCGCAGUGCAGAGCAGCAGCCUGUGCACGACAGGGCCCAGAUGUCGCCUCCUCGCAAUUCAACGGCGGAGUUUCCCUUAGCCACUGUUACUUAGUCCUGUUGCGUCCAACUGCAGCAGCAUCAGCAGCAGCAGUAGUAGCAGAAGCACUGAUCUCCGUCACUUUUCUUCACGAAGCUUAUUAUAUAUAUAUAUUAUAUAAAGUUUAUGUGCGUUUCAUGCGUCUUGUUUUCUUUCGCUGCUGCAGCGCGUCUCGCGUGCGGACGAGUUUACGACUGCACAGUGAAAAGAUAAAAGAAACAGUGCGAAAAUAGAAUUGUGCGUGCGUACGUGAUACAUAUCUACACGCAUACAUGUACCCUGCAGUGUGCGCGAGUUUCUCUCUUCAGCUAGAAUGCAGAAACUUGCAGCCUUUUCGUCGCUUUGUCAGCGCAUUUGCAGCUUAUAGAUAAACUACUGCAAUGCCAAAGUUGCCAAUGAUUGCUUGAAUCAAAUUUCAAAGUGCUAAAAUGCUAGCUACGUAGAGCAUUACACCAAUUAUUUGAAAAGCUGAGCCAGAUAUGGUUUUUAAUACUGCUUCAUUCGUGAUAGAUUAUGUUCCUGAAUAAUUCUUAAGCUUUUCAUACGCAAAAAGCAAAAGAAUGGAGGUAAAUAAUGGUGCUGCUGGAAGAAGUUCCAUAUACCUUAUGGUACCAUUUCGCAAAUUGUGCAUCAUCACUGUCUCAAUACCCAUUGUCACUUUGUUGUUUUGCUUUGUGACAGCUUAUAUAUACCAACAAGAUGAUAUUCACGAAACUCAUUGCAGAGUGUACAAUGUUCUUCCAUCAAUAUCAGCCAUUACUGGAGUAUCGCCUCAAAGAUAUUUGUGGCGUGUUAGCAUAGCUCUUCACAUUGGUCCACGACUUUUAAUAGCCAGUGUAUAUUACUCAUUUUAUCUUAAAAUUCUCAAGUCCAUUGAAAAUGUGCCUAAAAGGUUGCAAGGAUUGAGAUUGUUAAAUCUCUGCUAUUGGCUAAACAUUGCAGAACUGGCAUCUUUAUGUGGAGUUACUUACAUUUCCAACAAAGAAAAUUAUGCGGUGCAUGAAAAAACUUUUAUAAGUUUUAUGAUCACUUCUCUGCUGCAUAUGUUGGUUGCUGUAAGGUUGGGUCGUCUCGCUACACCAAAUGCACAAAGUUUGCAGUACAAACAAGCCCUUUUUUCAACGAGCCUGAUAAGCACUGUUGGCCUUAUAGUCUUCUUCUUGAAGCAUCGGUUAUUAUGUCAUGAUUUGGCAUUCAGUUGGUUUUCUCUUUGUGAAUAUGUGCUAGCUUCAGCCAAUUUGGCUUUUCAUGCCACAGUAAUUUUGGAUUUUCCAGUUGAUCAACUAGUUGUGGGAAAUAACUUACAUCUUAUCAAGGUGGACUAAUUUGUAAAAGAUAAUUUUCACCAUCUUCAGAUGAUUUUAUUUAAUCUACUAGAUUGCUGCACUUUUGUUUACUUAGAAAUGCUUAAAAAUAGAAAUUAUAAAAUUAUAAAAACUUUUGCCUAUAAUGAAUAAGCUGUUACAAAAACAGAUACAGGUGAAAGUCAGGAUAAUCUUUGGUACUUGAUAAAUACUAAUAAAAGUGAUAGCUUUUACCUAUCACUUAUAUAUUUAUAGCUAAAAGAUAAAUUCAUCAUAUUUAUUUAAAAGAAUUUCAUAUUAUUUUGCAAGAGAUUGUUAUAAAGUAUAAGGUAAAAAAUUAAAGAUACACGGAUAUCACAAAAUUGUAUAUUCUAGUCGAAUUUGUUAUUCUAGUCACAAGAAUUCUCAAAAGCAUCUGUUUUCAAAAAAUAGUUUGUUUAUUGAUCAUUGAUCUCAAGUUACUCAGGGUUUUAAAAAAAAUUAAUUAACAAUCGUGUAUCAUAUCAUGAUAGUUGUUGAUCAACUUAUAGUAUUUAAAAUUAAAUAAAACGAAGCACAAAUAAUACAUAGAAUACAUAGAAGCUGUUAAAGUAUUAUAAGAAACUAAAAACUAUAUUUCGUCUAUUGAUUUAUUCUAUUAAUUUCGAAAUCAAAUUCUGAUUGAUAUUAUUAUUGUUAAAUCUUCUCGAAUUAGAAUUUUUUUGCAAACUUAAUAAUUAUAGCACUGGUGAUAAACUUUAAAAUCUUAAGUUUCCCAUACUCUUUUUAGAUGAAAAGAGUUUCUGAACACAGACUCGAGCGUGUAUGUAACGUAUUGUACUAUAGUACUAUUUCUUAAAUGAUAAAAUAGAUUGAGAUCAUUUUUAUCGUAUAUGAGCUCAAUUGAUAAAUGAGAAUCAUAAAGCACUUGAAAUUUGGUGAUAUCAUUUUUGCACCUUUUUACAUAUAUAAAGUAAUGUAGAAAAUUUUGAUAUGCUUUUAAAAGUUGAUCAUUUUAUUCAUUUUUUCAA